CCCGAAACUGUUCGACCAAAUUUCUGCCCAAAUCGGCGAUUAGCAGACUUCAUCAUUGGUAGAGAGUACCCUAAGGACGAAUCUGUGGUCCGUCGCCUUCAAAAUCCAAGGAAAACGGCAUUUCCAAAAAAUCGCCCGAAAUCGGUGAUGGUACCCCUUUGGAAACUGCCAAAAAUUGCCCCGGAAAUAUUCCGCCCGAAUCGGUGUUUAAUAGACUUAUCCAUCCCUAAAGAAUAGCCUCAGCCUGAAUUCGUGAUCCGUCGCCUUCAAAAUCCAAGCAAAACGGCCUUUCGAAAAAAAUAUCGCCGAAAAAUUACGAAAAUGCCCCCCGAAACUGUUCGACCAAAUUUCUGCCCAAAUCGGCGAUUAGCAGACUUCAUCAUUGGUAGAGAGUACCCUAAGGACGAAUCUGUGGUCCGUCGCCUUCAAAAUCCAAGGAAAACGGCAUUUCCAAAAAAUCGCCCGAAAUCGGUGAUGGUACCCCUUUGGAAACUGCCAAAAAUUGCCCCGGAAAUAUUCCGCCCGAAUCGGUGUUUAAUAGACUUAUCCAUCCCUAAAGAAUAGCCUCAGCCUGAAUUCGUGAUCCGUCGCCUUCAAAAUCCAAGCAAAACGGCCUUUCGAAAAAAAUAUCGCCGAAAAAUUACGAAAAUGCCCCCCGAAACUGUUCGACCAAAUUUCUGCCCAAAUCGGCGAUUAGCAGACUUCAUCAUUGGUAGAGAGUACCCUAAGGACGAAUCUGUGGUCCGUCGCCUUCAAAAUCCAAGGAAAACGGCAUUUCCAAAAAAUCGCCCGAAAUCGGUGAUGGUACCCCUUUGGAAACUGCCAAAAAUUGCCCCGGAAAUAUUCCGCCCGAAUCGGUGUUUAAUAGACUUAUCCAUCCCUAAAGAAUAGCCUCAGCCUGAAUUCGUGAUCCGUCGCCUUCAAAAUCCAAGCAAAACGGCCUUUCGAAAAAAAUAUCGCCGAAAAAUUACGAAAAUGCCCCCCGAAACUGUUCGACCAAAUUUCUGCCCAAAUCGGCGAUUAGCAGACUUCAUCAUUGGUAGAGAGUACCCUAAGGACGAAUCUGUGGUCCGUCGCCUUCAAAAUCCAAGGAAAACGGCAUUUCCAAAAAAUCGCCCGAAAUCGGUGAUGGUACCCCUUUGGAAACUGCCAAAAAUUGCCCCGGAAAUAUUCCGCCCGAAUCGGUGUUUAAUAGACUUAUCCAUCCCUAAAGAAUAGCCUCAGCCUGAAUUCGUGAUCCGUCGCCUUCAAAAUCCAAGCAAAACGGCCUUUCGAAAAAAAUAUCGCCGAAAAAUUACGAAAAUGCCCCCCGAAACUGUUCGACCAAAUUUCUGCCCAAAUCGGCGAUUAGCAGACUUCAUCAUUGGUAGAGAGUACCCUAAGGACGAAUCUGUGGUCCGUCGCCUUCAAAAUCCAAGGAAAACGGCAUUUCCAAAAAAUCGCCCGAAAUCGGUGAUGGUACCCCUUUGGAAACUGCCAAAAAUUGCCCCGGAAAUAUUCCGCCCGAAUCGGUGUUUAAUAGACUUAUCCAUCCCUAAAGAAUAGCCUCAGCCUGAAUUCGUGAUCCGUCGCCUUCAAAAUCCAAGCAAAACGGCCUUUCGAAAAAAAUAUCGCCGAAAAAUUACGAAAAUGCCCCCCGAAACUGUUCGACCAAAUUUCUGCCCAAAUCGGCGAUUAGCAGACUUCAUCAUUGGUAGAGAGUACCCUAAGGACGAAUCUGUGGUCCGUCGCCUUCAAAAUCCAAGGAAAACGGCAUUUCCAAAAAAUCGCCCGAAAUCGGUGAUGGUACCCCUUUGGAAACUGCCAAAAAUUGCCCCGGAAAUAUUCCGCCCGAAUCGGUGUUUAAUAGACUUAUCCAUCCCUAAAGAAUAGCCUCAGCCUGAAUUCGUGGUCCGUCGCCUUCAAAAUCCAAGGAAAACGGCAUUUCCAAAAAAUCGCCCGAAAUCGGUGAUGGUACCCCUUUGGAAACUGCCAAAAAUUGCCCCGGAAAUAUUCCGCCCGAAUCGGUGUUUAAUAGACUUAUCCAUCCCUAAAGAAUAGCCUCAGCCUGAAUUCGUGAUCCGUAGCCUUCAAAAUCCAAGCAAAACGGCCUUUCGAAAAUAUCGCCGAAAAAUUACGAAAAUGCCCCCCGAAACUGUUCGACCAAAUUUCUGCCCAAAUCGGCGAUUAGCAGACUUCAUCAUUGGUAGAGAGUACCCUAAGGACGAAUCUGUGGUCCGUCGCCUUCAAAAUCCAAGGAAAACGGCAUUUCCAAAAAAUCGCCCGAAAUCGGUGAUGGUACCCCUUUGGAAACUGCCAAAAAUUGCCCCGGAAAUAUUCCGCCCGAAUCGGUGUUUAAUAGACUUAUCCAUCCCUAAAGAAUAGCCUCAGCCUGAAUUCGUGAUCCGUCGCCUUCAAAAUCCAAGCAAAACGGCCUUUCGAAAAAAAUAUCGCCGAAAAAUUACGAAAAUGCCCCCCGAAACUGUUCGACCAAAUUUCUGCCCAAAUCGGCGAUUAGCAGACUUCAUCAUUGGUAGAGAGUACCCUAAGGACGAAUCUGUGGUCCGUCGCCUUCAAAAUCCAAGGAAAACGGCAUUUCCAAAAAAUCGCCCGAAAUCGGUGAUGGUACCCCUUUGGAAACUGCCAAAAAUUGCCCCGGAAAUAUUCCGCCCGAAUCGGUGUUUAAUAGACUUAUCCAUCCCUAAAGAAUAGCCUCAGCCUGAAUUCGUGAUCCGUCGCCUUCAAAAUCCAAGCAAAACGGCCUUUCGAAAAAAAUAUCGCCGAAAAAUUACGAAAAUGCCCCCCGAAACUGUUCGACCAAAUUUCUGCCCAAAUCGGCGAUUAGCAGACUUCAUCAUUGGUAGAGAGUACCCUAAGGACGAAUCUGUGGUCCGUCGCCUUCAAAAUCCAAGGAAAACGGCAUUUCCAAAAAAUCGCCCGAAAUCGGUGAUGGUACCCCUUUGGAAACUGCCAAAAAUUGCCCCGGAAAUAUUCCGCCCGAAUCGGUGUUUAAUAGACUUAUCCAUCCCUAAAGAAUAGCCUCAGCCUGAAUUCGUGAUCCGUCGCCUUCAAAAUCCAAGCAAAACGGCCUUUCGAAAAAAAUAUCGCCGAAAAAUUACGAAAAUGCCCCCCGAAACUGUUCGACCAAAUUUCUGCCCAAAUCGGCGAUUAGCAGACUUCAUCAUUGGUAGAGAGUACCCUAAGGACGAAUCUGUGGUCCGUCGCCUUCAAAAUCCAAGGAAAACGGCAUUUCCAAUUUUUUUCUUACUUUUAAUUGCAUUUUGGUACCUAGAACUUCUAAAAACACCACAAACCAUAUUAAUUCAAUUAGAAACCACCUUAUAGGCACAAAAUUAAUAUAAUUGCUGAGUUCGAUUUCCAUUCCCUCUUCUGUCCGUUUCUAUACAUUGCAAAUUUCCUUUAAAUUACUUAUCGACAAUUACCAUCGUAUUGCCCUGACAACAAUUCAAGGAGAGACCAAAUUAUUUGGAACGUUGAAAGCCGACAAAAAUAGGCUAUAGAUUAGAGAGGAAACUGGAUUUGAAAACCGGAAAGGAAACGGGGAGGGUUCUAUUUCUAUAUAUGUAAUACAGUAAUAGGGAUGCUGAAGCCGGUCGAACGAGGCAAAGAGCAGAGUCUGGUGACUGGUGAUACUACAGUUAGUCUUCAACUAGGAGAUUUGGAAUUUGAAUUCGUUAAGCAGCACUUAAUAAUAAAAACAAAUUUAUAUCAUCACUGUGAAAAAAUAAAAAUUCAUGAAGAUUUUUUUGUCAUCAAAUUGAACCAAAAAAUUAAUGCAUUUAUGAUCCCUCCCCUUAAAGGAGAAGAUAGGAUGCUAAUCACCUUAUGAACACUUUUAAUAAACAUGCACCCAAAUU